UAGUUACCUGCUUGGCUGCUUGCACCCUACGUACUUGGUGUUCAGCUCUCUCGUCAAUCGACCACACUUUACCGCUAAUUGUUCAUUCUCUUCAUGUGUCGAAAAAAUGGGUGAUGUGAAACAUAUCAGACUGACGGUUCGGGGUGCUAGUCAGACGAAAAUUCAGGAUUCAAUUCACUAUAAUCUUGUCCCAGCCGGUGGUGUAGACUAUCACAGAUACACCAAAGGUUCAGACGGCAGCAGCUUCACGGUCGAAGUUGGAGGCCGUGUGGACGUCGCCAGGUUGUACGAAUGCGUGAAGAAGCUAGCAUCCAGCGUCAAGAUUGAAGCCGUCGUCCCGCAAGAUUUGAAGGAGAAAACGACGAGACUGGAGCAGGACCUGUCAGACAUGAAGAAGCGCAAGGACGACCUCAAGUCAAUGCUUGAGAGAGCCGAGGAAGAGAACGGUCGUCUCCAGAUGAAGCUCAGGCCAGUCGAGGAAGAGAACAAGAAGCUGCACAAGAAGAUCAAGGAUGGAGAGAGCAGCAACAAGCUGCUUGGAACCGGCCAGCUCGAGGGCCAGCUCCUGUAUCGCCAAACCAAUAUUUCCAUCCACGAGCUCGAGCUCAAUGCCAAAGCCAAGCUCAAGAUAUCCGAGGACGGUCACCGCAGGAUUAAGUAGGAGAACAAUGAAUCUAAUAAGAUUGGUGUCGCUGCGUGAAUCUAUGUAUGUCGUUUGGUUGUGGACUUGUGGUUUAAUUCUCGCAGUCGCAGAUGCUACUCGUUUAGUACGACGAACAAAUAAAAGCUGUGCACUUCACCAUGCAUAUUUCAGUUCGUAGUACGCCAAUAGCUUGGCCAUCUGUGAGCAAGACUUGCAUGCACGCUAGCUGUAUGGUGAAGAACACUUGUAAUAUUAAUAAGGCCAGGUGCGUUCUGAGCGUUUUGUGUGAGCAAGCUCAACACAAGCGUAUGCUUUAUAUCGCCAGUAAUUUCGUUUCAAAA